CAUUUUCCCCAAAUUUGCUUCGCUUUCAUUCUAUUAUUCUGCCUGUGAUUUUUUUUUUUUUUGGAAUGGCGACUUUGACUGGUGCUGCGACUGGUGCUGCGACUGCUGGUGCUGCGACUGGUGAAGCAGGUCCGACGGCUCCUACGAGUGCUGCUGCGACCGGCAAGAGCGCGUGGCGACCAAUGUCGUGCAAGCCUGCCGUUGCGUCGCUGCAGACCCUCAUGGACGAGGAGCUCGCGCGCAAGCUCGCCCUGCAGGACACCUCGACAAAGCCUGCUCCUCAUGAUGCUGAUGCUGCUGCUGCUGCUGCAAUGACGGCAGUGGCGUUGAGCGACAAGAAGGGCAAACGUGCUGCCGUCGCCACCGCCGAGUUUGAUGACGCGCGUGGCAAGCCGACUCCCUCGAGCAAGACUACUGCUGCUGCUGGAUCUGCAUCGUCACAGCACGGUGGCAAGACGCUGCGGUCGGCGGUGAGCGACGAAGACUACGACGACUGCAGCGAAGGCGACGAGUUUGACGAUUUCACGGACGACUACGACGAUGAUGACAACGACGACGAAGAUGAGCAUGGACAAGACAAGCCUGCGGCUGCUGCUGAUGAAACAGACCCCGAUUUGCUGCUGGCGCUCGAGCUGAGCCGAAUUGCACAGGAAGACGGCAACCAGCGGGAGGAUUCGCCCGACAACGACUUGGUCAUUGCCGCCAUGCUCCAGCGCCAGUUUGAUCUCGAGUACAACGAGGAGGUUGCUCGGUCCGAGCGCAAGAUGAACAUUCCCGGCUCGAAGGUGGCCAUGUCGCUCCACCAUCACCGAGUCAAUGUGCUCAGCGAUGACAAUGACAGCGCCGACGAUGACGACAGUGACAACGACGAUGAUGUGCUUCAUGAUCCCACCGUCGUGCGUGAUGGUCCCAUUCAAGGCCAGCUGAUCAGCGGCGCUGCCGAAGGCCACGGGAACCUGCCCCGCGGUCGCCGACGAGGUGGUCUCAACAGCAUCACCAAGCACGACGCCUCCGCAUGCAAUCUCCGCAACGCGCGCAAAAUCGAGCGAUUCCCUCCAAACUUCCAAUCAGGCCACAUUGGUAACGACGGCGACAUUCGAAUCUCGUCUGUUGCGUUCAACAAGCUGCGCGAGCACUCCAAGAAGGAGGAGAACAACCGGCAACGACAGCACGGUCGCCAGGACCACUCGACGCACGCUUUGGUCAUGGAUUCGCGCACCCGCAUGAUCAUUUACAAGAUGGUCAACAAUGGCUCGCUGCUCGAGGUCAACGGCGUCAUUUCGACGGGCAAGGAGGCUGCCGUGUACCACGCGUUUGGCAACCCCGAGCCCGACGAGGACGCGCCCGACGCUGUUGCCAUGCCUGCGGAAGUCGCCAUCAAGAUCUUCAAGACCACCCUCAACGAGUUCCGCAACCGCAAGGACUACAUGGAGGACGAUUUCCGCUUCCAGGACAAGCACUCCAAGCAAAACCCUCGCAAAGUGAUCAAGCUGUGGGCCGAAAAGGAGACUCAUAAUCUCGCCAAACUGGCUGCGGCCGGAAUCAACUGCCCGGAGGUGGUAGUCUUGCGACAGCACUUGCUCGUCAUGACCUUCCUCGGUGAGGAUGGCGUACCAGCACCCAAGUUGAAGGAGGCACGACUGGAGUCUGCCGCUCUCGAGGCGUGCUACGACCAGGUCGUGGACAUGAUGACGCGCAUGUACAAUGUGUGCCACCUCGUGCAUGCAGACUUGAGCGAGUAUAACAUUCUGUUUUGGCAGGACGAGCCCUACUUUAUUGAUCUGUCCCAAGCAGUGGACACGAUGCACCCUCAGGCCCUGCUCUUCCUGUUGCGCGAUUGCGAGAAUGUGACGCGGUUCUUUGCCCAACGAGGCGCCGCCAACUGCAUGUCCGCUGGCGAGCUUUUCAGUGCCGUUUCGGGCAUUGAUGUUCCCUCUGAGGAUUCUGUGCGUUACGUCCACGAUGUCCAAGAGGAGCGCAAUGCCUUCCAGGCCGCCCGCGCAGUGUGCUAAAGCCCCUUGAACGGCGUGUACCACAACUUUUGUGAAUUUUGAUUAAACUAAACUUGAAAUUGUAAUGAAACCAAAAGCUAAAGCAA